UUUUCACUUCCGUCACGACAGACCGAGUUUGGUCUUACAGCUAGCCUUCCAAAGAAAAGUGGGAAACCAGUUUUUUCGAAAGAAAAAAAAGCAUGGAAACGUGGGUUGUAAAGCCUGUUUCCACAUUACGAUGAAAAAGCCGCUUUUAAUAAUAACAAGAACAGUUGAGUAUUUAAACGAAGGGAUCUGAAAAAAAAGAGAAAUCCCAACAAACAGCCUUUUCAGUCUUGAGUCUUCUCUAAAGUCACUAUACUGUCAGUUGCUUAAUUAAUGGACGCACUUUCGCCGGCGAUCAAGCCGGUCCUGGUUCCGCCUCCGAUGGCUGCUCGCUCCGAUCGUGCUAAGCUCUCUGUUCUGUGCAACGAGAGCCCGAAUUCGAAGCGGAUCCGGGUCGGGAGGAGAAUCGAGGUGAGAGCGCCAGCGGGAAAGCAGGCGAGCAUUGAUUUCAGCGAUCCCGAUUGGAAGUCAAUGUUUCAGAACGACUUCGAGGCCCGCUUUCGCAUCCCGCACAUAACGGAUGUGCUUCACGACGCUGUUUCGUACCCAUCCACUUUCUGCCUCAAAAUGAGGACUCCUGUAAGUCCGGAGUUUGCGGAAGGUUAUCCAUCAGAUGAGGAAUGGCACGGCUACAUUAACAACAAUGACAGAGUACUGCUUAAGGUGAUACGUUAUUCCUCCCCUACAUCUGCAGGUGCUGAAUGCAUUGAUCCAGAUUGUACAUGGCUCGAGCAAUGGGUCCACCGUGCUGGGCCCCGAGAAAAAAUAUACUUCAAACCAGAAGAUGUAAAAGCAGCCAUUGUCACUUGUGGCGGCCUUUGUCCUGGUCUCAAUGAUGUUAUUAGACAGAUAGUCAUCACCCUUGAGAUAUAUGGCGUGAAAAAGAUUGUUGGAAUCCCUUUUGGUUAUCGUGGGUUUUCCGACAGUAAUUUGGCUGAGAUGCCCCUGUCAAGGAAAGUGGUUCAAAACGUCCAUCUAUCUGGAGGAAGCUUGCUGGGAGUCUCACGCGGGGGACCCUCAGUUAGCGACAUUGUUGACAGUUUGGAGGAAAGAGGGAUAAAUAUGCUCUUCGUCCUGGGUGGAAAUGGUACACAUGCUGGUGCCAAUGCCAUACAUGAAGAGUGCCGCAAAAGACGACUGAAGAUAGCUGUAGUUGGUGUUCCAAAAACCAUUGACAAUGAUAUCUUGCUUAUGGAUAAAACAUUUGGCUUUGAUACAGCUGUCGAGGAGUCCCAGAGAGCAAUUAAUUCUGCAUACAUCGAGGCACACAGUGCUUAUCAUGGAAUCGGGAUCGUGAAGUUGAUGGGCCGUAGUAGUGGGUUUAUAGCCAUGCAGGCAUCUCUUGCUAGUGGACAAAUUGAUAUAUGCUUGAUUCCAGAGGUACCAUUUAAUCUGCAUGGACCUCAUGGUGUUUUAAGUCACCUAAAGUACCUUCUCGAUAGAAAGGGAUCUGCUGUCGUAUGUGUGGCAGAGGGGGCUGGGCAGGAUCUUCUUGAGAAAACGAAUGCUACAGAUGCAUCAGGAAACGUCGUAUUAGGAGACAUUGGUGUCUAUAUACAACAACAGACAAAGAAGUUUUUCAAAGGGAUUGGAUUCCCAGCUGAUGUGAAAUACAUUGAUCCCACCUACAUGAUCCGCGCAUGCCGUGCAAAUGCAUCAGACGGCAUUCUUUGCACUGUUCUUGGUCAAAAUGCUGUUCACGGUGCAUUUGCUGGGUAUAGUGGGAUAACGGUUGGAAUAUGCAAUACUCACUAUGUGUAUUUUCCGAUAACUGAAGUCAUUAGGCAGCAAAAGGUUGUCGACCCCAACAGCCGCAUGUGGCAUCGUUGCUUAACGUCAACUGGCCAACCAGACUUCAUCUAAAAUAUUAUACACUUUUAAGGUAAUUUAUGCACAGCCAAAAAAAAAAAUGAAACUUCAUUCGGAAAGACCAGACAAACAGGUGGCAAAGUAUGUCGCGCAAGGUCUUUCCAGAUUCCUUCUUCUUUGUUAGUGUGUCAACAGCAUUCGCAUUGCCAUUCGGUGGUGGUAAAGUCAGUAAAUAAGAGAUUUGCUUAAACGAUACAAGAACUGUGUUGGUGAUUUUGUAAGUUUAUCUCAUUAAACAAGCCGUUCGUCAAAGGUUAGCAGUCGGUGUAGGAAUAAAGCUACUUUGACAUAUAGUUAUUUUGACACAGUGGAUGAUAAAAAGUUGUGUAUGUUUAGUAGUUGUUAAUUUUUAAAGUAAAUUGAUGUGCAGAAUAAUAGGAUUGUGAAACGGGUUAUUAUGUCAAACUUUAUGUCAUUCCUUAUGUCAGUGUAGUUUGUAGCAUGAUUCGUUGAUGUCGAGCUUAAAGGUGUUAUACUAACUAAAAGAAAACAGUUCAAAUCCAAAUCUCCUCGCCAAGUUUUUGUUUAUAUAAAAAUCCUUUAAUUCUCAUGAUAACCUUAGAUGAAGUUUUGUGCAAUUAUUUCCAAUGC